UAUAUAUAUAUAUAUAUAGACUGCCUCUGCUCGAUUUGCUUCUUUGUUUGCGAUCAAACUGUCCCUCGUCUCCUCAGGAGAUCGGUUCACUCUUCUUCUUUGAGUUUGGAAAAAAUUGUUUUUUUGUGUCUUGGUUUCUUUUUUCUUCUGCUGAUUUGUGAUUUCGUGGUGGGAUUAGUUUGUUUGCCUCUGGUGGCGAUGAAGAGAUUAAAAGAUGACGUUUAUGCUGGCCCUUCUCAAUUCAAGCGCCCGUUUGGUUCUUCGCGUGGGGACUCCAAUGGGCAAUCCCAAGUCCCAGGGGGUGGAGGAGGAGGAGGAGGUGGUGGUGGUGGCGCUAGUGGCGCUGGUGCAGCAGCAGCAGGAGGAGGUAGUGGUCUUGGUGCUGCCUCGCAGAAACUAACAACCAGUGAUGCCUUAACCUAUCUCAAGGAAGUGAAGGACAUGUUUCAAGACCAAAGGGAAAAAUAUGACACGUUCCUUGAGGUCAUGAAAGAUUUUAAGGCCCAAAGAACUGAUACUGUUGGUGUCAUUGCAAGAGUGAAGGAUUUAUUUAAAGGGCAUAACAGGUUGAUUUUUGGGUUUAACACCUUCUUGCCAAAGGGGUAUGAGAUAACACUUGAUGACGACGAGGCUCCUCCACCAAAGAAGACGGUUGAAUUUCAAGAAGCUAUUAGCUUUGUGAACAAGAUAAAGAAACGCUUUCAAAAUAAUGAACAUGUUUAUAAAGCAUUCCUUGACAUUUUGAAUAUGUACCGAAAGGAGCACAAGGACAUAAAUGAGGUCUACAGUGAGGUUGCCGCUCUUUUUGAUGAUCAUCCAGAUUUGCUGGAUGAGUUCACAAGAUUUCUGCCCGAUACUGCACAUAAUGCUCCACCACCUAUCCAAAACUCAUUUCAGCGCCUCACUGAGCGGAGCUCUGCCACACCCACGUUGCGGCAAAUGCAUGUGGACAAGCAUCGUAUUCGACGGGAUAGGAUUGAUACUUCCCAUGUCGAUCGUGAUCUUAGUAUUGAUCAUCCCGAGCUAGAUGACGACAAAGCAACGGUGAAAAUGCAUAAGGAGCAGAGAAAACGUUCUGAGAAGGACAGCAGGGAUAGGAGAAACCGUGAUCAGGAUGAUAGAGAACCUGAUCAUGAUAACAACAGGGACUCCAACUUGCAGCGCUUUCCUGACAAAAGAAAAUCUGGCAGGAAGAUUGAAGGAUUUGGAAUAAAUGCAAACUUUACUCCUUAUGAUGACAAUGAUAGCUUAAAGAGCAUGUGCAACCAAGGAUUCAUUUUCUUUGAGAAAGUUAAGGAGAAGUUGGGCAGUUCAGAUGACUACCAGACAUUCUUGAAGUGCCUUCAUAUAUAUAGCAAUGGAAUAAUUAAAAGGAAUGAUUUACAAAAUCUGGUGACUGAUUUACUUGGAAAAUAUCCGGAUCUUAUGGGGGGGUUAAAUGAUUUCUUGGAGCGCUGUGAGAAUAUUGAUGGGUUUCUUGCUGGUGUUAUUAGCAAAAAAUCACUGGGUAGUGAUGGCCAUAUUCCCAGAUCGCUGAAGGUAGAGGAGAGAGAUAAAGAGCAGAAGCGCGAAACUGAUGGAGCUAAAGAAAAGGAAAGAUCAAGGGAGAAGUAUUUGUAUAAAUCCAUUCAAGAGCUUGACCUCUCCAGUUGUGAACGUUGUACCCCCAGCUAUAGGCUUCUGCCAGAAGACUAUCCAAUACCUUUUGCAAGCCAGAGGUCAGAGCUUGGUGCUCAAGUAUUGAAUGAUCAUUGGGUAUCAGUGACUUCUGGUAGUGAGGACUACUCUUUUAAACAUAUGCGUAGAAAUCAGUAUGAAGAAAGUCUAUUCAGAUGUGAAGAUGAUAGAUUUGAGCUGGACAUGUUGUUAGAGUCUGUCAGUUCAGCUGCUAAGCGCGUGGAGGAAUUGUUGAACAGCAUCAAUGAAAAUAAUGUCAAUCUGGAGACUCCUUUCCAUAUUGAAGAUCACUUCACUGCUCUAAAUCUAAGGUGUAUUGAACGUUUAUAUGGUGACCAUGGGCUUGAUGUGAUGGAUAUUUUGCGAAAAAAUCCAUCUGUCGCACAGCCUGUUAUCUUAACUCGCCUAAAGCAAAAGCAAGAGGAGUGGACAAGAUGCCGCUCUGAUUUUAACAAGGUUUGGGCUGAAGUAUAUGCUAAAAAUCACUAUAAGUCACUUGAUCACCGCAGCUUCUAUUUCAAGCAACAAGAUUCGAAGAACUUGAGCACAAGAUAUUUGGUGGCUGAGAUCAAGGAAUUGAAGGAGACAAAGCAAAAAGAGAAUGAUUUUCUUCUGGCUAUUGCUGCUGGAAACAGGCAACCCGUAGUUCCACAUAUGGAAUUUGAAUUCUCUGAUAUCAGCAUUCAUGAAGACUUGUAUAAACUUGUCCAAUAUUCAUGUGAAGAGGUUUGCUCAACCAAAGAACAGUUUAAUAAGGUUAUGAGACUUUGGACUACCUUCUUGGAGCCAAUGUUUGGUGUUCCUCCUCGACUUCAUGGUGUAGAGGGUACUGAAGAUGCUGGAAAAUCUAAGCUUCGUCCUAUGAAUUGUACUGCAUCAAGCAUAGGAGAAAGUGAUGGAAGUCCUGGUGGUGAUGCUAUUAUAAUGAAUUCUAAGCCACCAAAAGCUGCUAUUAAUGAGAAUGUUUGCAGGACUGUAGCAAAUGGAGACUUAACUAAAGAAAAUAAGUAUCUUGAUGUGGAUCAUGUCCGUAGAGAUGAUACAAAUUGUAAUACUCUUUGGCCAGAAAAAGAGCAGAAGGAUAUAGAUGUGACUGAUAAAAUGUCAGGAUUAAACACACCAGAUGAACGAGUAGCCAAUUCAAAUGCAUCAUUUGCAACUGGAGCAGAAAUUAGUCAUGGCAAAAUCAUCUUGGAAGUGACUUCAGGGUGUGGUGCAACUCCAUCCAGACUUAGUCAUACUGUCAGUCAAGACGACCAAGUAUCCAAAGCUAAUGCCGGUGCUAUACCUUCAUCAGAGGCAGGUGAUGGUGCCAAACCAGUUUUAUUGGCAAAUGGAGUGAUUACAGAAGGCACCAAUGUUAACAGAUGUCUUGAAGCAUCUGUUAGGCCCUCAAAAAUUGAAAAAGAAGAGGGUGAGUUAUCACCUAACGGUGAUUUUGAGGAAGAUAACUUUGUUGUCUUUGGAGAUUCUGGUGAGCUGGCUAUGCCUAAGACAAAACAAAGCAGGCAAUACCAUGCCAGGAAUGGAGAGGAGAUAAAUUGUCAGGAUGCUGGAGGAGAAAAUGAUGCGGAUGCUGAUGAUGAGGACAGUGAAAAUGUUUCUGAGGCUGGUGAAGAUGUCUCGGGCAGUGAGUCUGGUGGUGAUGAGUGUUCCAGGGAUGAGCAUGAAGAGGAAGAUGCAGAACAUGAUGAAGUGGAUGGCAAGGCUGAGAGUGAAGGUGAGGCUGAGGUGAUGGUUGAUGGACAUGCUGCUGGAGGGGAUGGCAUGCUGCCAAUGUCAGAACGGUUCCUUUUGUCUGUGAAGCCUCUUGCAAAGCACGUGCCAGCGUCGUUUCUUGACAAAGAAAGAAGAGAUUCUCGAGUUUUUUAUGGGAAUGACGAUUUUUUUGUACUUUUUAGGCUUCAUCAAAUACUUUAUGAAAGGGUUUCAUCAGCAAAAAUGAAUUCAACGGGUGCUGAAAUGAAGUGGAGAACGUCAAAUGAUGCUAGUUCUCCAGAUUUCUAUUUCAGAUUUAUGAGUUCACUGUACAAUUUACUUGAUGGAUCUGCUGAUAAUGCAAAAUUUGAGGAUGAAUGCCGAGCUAUCAUUGGAAACCAGUCAUAUGUGUUAUUCACAUUGGACAAGUUAAUCUAUAAAUUAGUAAAACAGCUUCAAACUGUUGCGGCUGAUGAGAUAGACAAUAAACUUCUUCAAUUAUACGAGUACGAACAAUCCCGGAAACCUGGGAAGUCAGUUGAUUCUGUAUAUUAUGAAAAUGCUUGUGUCCUCCUUCAUGAGGAGAACAUAUAUCGUUUGGAAUGUUCCUCUGCCACCUCCCGGCUGUCCAUCCAGCUCAUGGACUGUCUGAGUCAAAAGCCUGAGGUGUUUGCAGUUUCCAUGGAUCCUAAUUUUGCAGCUUAUCUGUAUAAUGAUUAUCUGUCAGUCUUUCCUGGGAAAAAGGAGCCACACAGCAUUAUGCUGCAAAGAAACAAGCGAAAACUUGCCAGCCUAGAUGACUAUUCUGCGUUAUGCAUGGGCAUGGAGGGUAUUGAUGCAGUCAAUGGUUUGGAGUGUAAGAUAACUUGCAAUUCGUCGAAGAUCUCCUAUGUUCUGGACACAGAGGAUUUCUUCUUCCGUCCUAGAAGGUAUAGAAGAAAUUCGUCAAAAAGCACUUCUCCGUGUCGUAACGAGGCAAGAGUACAACGGUUCCGCAGAUUCUUAUCACCCUCAUCGUAGUCCUUUCUGUGCCACUUGGUUUUGAGUAAAAAGCACUCAAGGUCUUUGGCGUGAUAAAAUGAGGCAACAUCACUCUCGUUAUUGUCUUGUUGUACUCCUAUACCUACAGCUAUUUGCCAAAUGACUACUGAAGGGGGGAUGGCUCGGGAAUAUAUCAUGCUGUGAAGUCAAAUUAGUGGGCAUUUAUUUAAGCCAUCAUGUAAAUAGGGUUGAGAUGCAUAAAUAUUCUGUACAAAUAGAUUUGUUUUGCCAUUGCUCUUUUUGUAGAUAGGAGCAUUUCUCCUCUCUCUCUCUCUCUCUCUCUCUCUCUCUAAGCCCACAUUUAACUGUGUCAAAUGAUGGAUCCAGGUUAGAUAUCCAGUUGUUAUCAUGAUGCUCGUAUGUAUCUCGUCUUUGAGCCCGGGAUACGCGUAUUUCCUCAUUUUUCUGGAAAUAACAAUUCAAACCCCAUAAAUUUUAGGUGUUAAGCCAGUUUUAUUGUCUAAA